AUGCCAUUUAUAAGACUCGACCCCCACCCAUUCAAAGACCUCCCCAGCCAAACAGAUCCCCAAGCUCUCAAAUCCUCCAUAACCUCAAUCCUACACGAAGCCUCACCCCUUCUAACCAAUCUCCAAACAAACCUCCAAAAGGACCCCAAACCUCGCCCCUCCCAUCCCUCAACAGCACAAGUCACAUUAUCGCAAGGAUGGCACUCAUUCGAAUUCUGGGUCUGUCGCCAAAGUGACCACCAAGACGCAACCAAAGACGGAACAGGGUCCUGGCGCGAAUUCGAAGACGGUCUGCGUCAUGAUCAUGCUGAGCAUGAGAUGGAGUAUACGCCCAGUGUGACGGGGUUGAAACAACUGGUGAAUUGGAAUAAGAAUGAUAAUUGGGAUCCGGAGAUGAGACUUGAUGUGGAUCAGACUCGGUAUUGGGAUUUUAUCAUUGAGCUCAAUUUGAUUGUCCAUACAUUCCAUCCUAAGGCCCUGAUUCGACCUAGAGCUUUUAUCUCUUUGACUCUAUCAGCAGCCUUGGGCAAGAUUGUAUCAGAAGAUACUAUCCAGCCGAGUGGCUUCUUGACUGUCCAGAUUCCAUUCCGUCUAUCGGAUCCCGAAGAGCCAGGGUAUGAGCAGCUCAAUGCAGAAAUUUGGAACUUUGUUCCGCCGCGCACGAUCUUCGCUCACUAUGCCAGUCUCGAGCAUGUGGAGUUGCUGGCUGGGUCUGAGGAUCGGACAAUUCGGUGGACUAUGGCGACGACGUCAGAGGCUGGUGGGAAGAUUCCCCAGUGGGUUCAGCGGAAUUGGACGCUGGGAGGGGUUCCUAAGGCUGUUGUUGCUGAUGUGGGAUUGUUUAUUGGGUGGGUUAUGAAGCGGAGGGGACAGAGGGAGGGUGAAUUGGAAGAGUGA